CAGUGUUCAUAGGUUUCUAAACAACAUUUACUUUUUUAAAAUACUAUAACAAAAUGUCUGACGGCGAAGAGGAUCAAACCGCAAUUGUCUGUGACAAUGGAUCAGGUUUAGUAAAAUCUGGAUUUGCUGGAGAUGACGCGCCAAGAGCUGUGUUUCCUUCCAUUGUAGGACGACCAAGACAUCAAGGUGUGAUGGUAGGAAUGGGUCAGAAAGACAGCUACGUCGGUGAUGAAGCCCAAAGUAAAAGAGGAAUCCUCACUCUCAAGUAUCCGAUUGAACACGGAAUAAUUACUAAUUGGGACGACAUGGAAAAGAUCUGGCAUCAUACAAUGUACAACGAACUACGGGUCGCGCCUGAAGAACAUCCAACACUUUUAACUGAAGCUCCAUUGAAUCCAAAAGCAAACAGAGAAAAAAUGACACAAAUUAUGUUUGAAACAUUCAACGUUCCAGCGAUGUACGUCGCUAUUCAAGCUGUUUUAUCUUUAUAUGCAUCAGGCAGAACUACAGGCAUUGUUAUGGAUGCAGGCGAUGGUGUUUCACACAAUGUACCAAUCUACGAAGGGUAUGCACUCCCUCACGCCAUUGCUAGAUUGGAUUUGGCAGGUCGUGAUCUUACUGACUAUUUGAUGAAAAUUCUGACUGAGAGAGGAUAUUCUUUCGUUACAACCGCUGAACGUGAAAUAGUUCGUGAUAUUAAAGAAAAGCUGUGUUAUGUUGCUCUUGACUUUGAACAAGAAAUGGCAACAGCUGCUUCAUCAACAUCACUUGAAAAAAGUUACGAACUUCCUGAUGGACAGGUUAUCACUAUCGGAAAUGAAAGAUUUCGAUGCCCAGAGACUCUAUUCCAGCCGUCUUUUAUCGGUAUGGAAUCUGCCGGGAUUCACGAAACAACAUAUAACUCCAUUAUGAAAUGCGACAUUGACAUUCGUAAGGACUUGUACGCCAACAACGUUCUUUCUGGAGGAACUACAAUGUAUCCUGGUAUUGCUGAUCGUAUGCAAAAAGAAAUCACUGCUCUUGCACCAAGUACAAUGAAAAUCAAGAUCAUCGCUCCUCCGGAAAGAAAAUAUUCUGUAUGGAUUGGAGGAUCGAUCUUGGCUUCUCUCUCAACCUUCCAACAAAUGUGGAUUUCAAAGCAAGAAUAUGAUGAAGCUGGUCCUUCGAUUGUUCAUAGAAAAUGCUUUUAAUCUAACAUUCAGCUUUUUAAUUAUUUGUAAGCUGACCGGUAAUUCGUUGGUAUAAUAGUGUUAAAAAUUUAUGCAUUUGGUAUGUAAUGAUGAGAUUCAAAAUUUUAGGACCAGGUUCUCAUUUUCAGUUAUUAAUAUAUGUUACUACAUUAAGGAAGCUUCAUUAAAGUGACACGUUUUCCAUACAUAUAUUGCAUAUAUUUUUGAACUUCAAAUAUAACGAUGCUGUGUAGUGUGCCCGCUGCCCGUUUGCUGUUGUUAUCUAACGUUUUAAACAACAAAGAAGGACAGGUUCUUUGAUUAUCACGACAUUCUAACAACGGGUGCGCGGCUUCUGAGUACCAUCACUGUAUAUAUAUAUGUAUACUUAAUUUAAUUUUCAUUAAAAUCUGGUUGUGAUAUUUAUCAGUGUUUUGUGAAGUUCAUUUGUGUUUAUUUUUAUUUCACUUUUGUUUGGAUAACUACAACUCUCGGGAACAUAUUUUAAUAAGACAUCUUUUUUUGCCGUGACGUUGACCAUUUAAGUAAAAUUAUAAUAAAUUUCCCAACGAUGGAGAUAAA